UCGAGUGAGCAGUUUCGAGUUCGAACCCAACUUUGAAUAUCGUUCGACUCAGUUCUAGAAUCGCCUGCGCUUGCGCCAACAGAAGUCACCACCUCCCGAGUUCUGUUUCAAAAAUAAUCAACAGCUGUCCGUUUAAUACUCUAAAAAUAAUAAAAAUUAAGUAAAAAACUGCCUGUUGUCCGGGAGUGCUGCGAUCUUGCUACUUAAUCUGUUCAGAAACUACAAAAAUAAGAAAAAAUCAUCCGCUGAAAACUGUUUUUCGAACGCACGUGCGGUUUCUUGCGGCUUCCGUUCGUUGUUCGCUGUUGUUUUUAUAUGCAAAUCGGCGUUAAAACAAAUUAUACAGAUACAGAUAUAGAUUUGUUAUCCGUUUCUGUGCUUAACAAAUUAUAUAAUUUGCCAUAAAAGCAACUAACGUCGUUAGUUAGUUGUUGCUGCGGUUAACGUCGAGUGCAGAAAGAGAGGCGGCAGUCAUGUCCAACACGGAGAAAGGAGGACUGCACAGAGUGCGAAACUUCCUGUCAUGCCGCCAAGUACUGAACCUGCUGACCAUGCUGGGUUUCAUGCUGAACUAUGCCCUCAGAGUCAACCUAACCAUAGCCAUUGUGGACAUGGUCCGGCCAAAUGUCACUGAUUCGUCGGAGAAUGGAACUCUGGCGGGGAAUGGCACGGCGGGUAAUAGUUCCUCCUCUGCUGUGACCACAUCCAGUCCGGAUGGCGUGGAUGUGUACGAGGAGCGCUUUCCCUGGGACACCUACCAGACCAACUUUGUGCUGGGCUGCUUCUUCUGGGGCUAUAUCCUUACCGAACUGCCAGGUGGACGUCUGGCGGAGCUUAUUGGCGGACGACGAGUCUUUGGACAUUCCAUGCUGUGGGCCAGUCUCCUGACCCUAAUCACGCCGCUGGCGGCGCACAUUAACUAUGUGGUUCUGAUUGUGGUGCGAGUGGUGCUGGGUUUCAUGCUGGGCGCCUCCUGGCCAGCCAUUCAUCCGGUGGCCGCCGUCUGGAUUCCGCCCAUGGAGCGCUCCAAGUUCAUGUCCAAUAUGAUGGCCUCCUCUCUGGGUGCUGCCAUAACCAUGCCCAUUUGCGGCUACCUCAUCUCCGUUGCUGGCUGGGCCAGUGUCUUCUAUUUGACAGGAGCCGUGGGUUUGCUUUGGUCCUUGGCCUGGUUCACCUUUGUGUAUGAGACUCCGGCCACACAUCCGCGGAUUACGGCCGAGGAAAGGCGAGAGAUUGAGGAGGCCAUUGGCACCACCACCUCCAAGAAGCGUCCCAGCCAUGUCCCAUGGGGCCAGCUGCUCUGCUCGCCGGCUGUCUGGGCCAUCAUCAUCUGCCAUGGCCUGGCUGUCUUUGGCUUCUUCACGGUGGUAAAUCAACUGCCCACCUUCAUGUCCCAGAUCCUGCAUUUCGACAUCAAGCAGAACGGGCUGUUCUCGUCGCUGCCUUAUCUGGGCAAGUACGUGAUGGCGGUGGCCUCGUCCUACCUGGCUGAUUACCUGCGCAAAAAGGGCACACUGAGCACGACAGCCACCAGGAAGCUGUUUACUACUUUUGCUCUUGUCAUUCCCGGCCUGCUGAUGAUUCUGCAGGUGUUCCUAGGCUAUGAUGCCACCUGGUCUGUUACCAUUUUCUCGCUGGCCCUGUUUGCUCAUGGAGCUGUCACCGCUGGCUAUCUGGGCAAUGGUUUGGAUAUUGCACCCAACUUUGGUGGAACCAUUUUCGGGCUGGCCAACACACUGUCCUCCUUUGGUGGUUUCCUAUCCACGUGGAUGGUGGGAGCACUCACCUACCAUGAUAAAUCCUUCCAUCAAUGGCAAAUUGUAUUCUGGAUUUUGGGUGCCACCUAUAUCUCGGGAGCCGUGGUCUUUGCCAUUCUGGGCAGCGGUGAACUUCAGCCCUGGAACAAUCCACCAGAGCGUGUCAAGAUUAGUGAUGUCACCCAGGAGGAGGGUGUGCCCCUUAAGAACGACAAGUGAUUUGGAAAACCCAGGUGUAAAGGAAGGAAAACCCUAGGGAAAUGAACAUCCCACCAGCAGCACCAUCUCCACUCCACCAUACACACAUCAUCCGCACAAGUUAUAGUUGUUGCUACGAAGCACGUCUGAGAUUUACGGGAAUUUCACUUUUCCUUAAACAGGAGAAAAACAUGAAUGAAAGACAUUAUAUUUUAGAGAUACUGAGCAAGGUUUCUUUAAACAAAAAACAUACACAAAACAACUCUCAUACAACAAACAUUGUACACCGAUGCCCAUGUCUGCUUUAUGGAAAUUGACUAUAUUUAUAAGUAAUAUUUACUUUAGAGCUAGCUAAUCGCAAGCUACUUACGUCUAUGUCUGUAACUGUAACAAUAUGCAUAUAUAUAUAUGAUUAUAUAUAUAAUAUGUAUCUGUAGCCUAAAUCAUUAUAGUAUUCUGUAUGUCCGCAGAGAGCAUGGAGUAGAAAAGUAUCCACUCUGCGCUCUAUAUGUUUCGUUUAAUUUAUAUUAAAGUAGCCCUAACUAUGGUUUAGUUUAGAUGAACAAAAAAAUACAAUACUUAUGCAAGUAGCGAAAAUAAAACCAUAUACACAAACAGAUACGACGAUAGUGUAGCUAAGUUGAUUAUUAAACCAUAUGUAACUUUGUACUAUACUUGAUUAUUUAUGUAAUUAAUUUAAACAUUUUCUAAGUUCAUAAUAAAGAGUAACUCGGAAAAAGAAAAGAA